GUUGUCAUUCAUUUGUGGUCGAAUUACCCCAGGAUAAUGUCUGUUCUCUCCUCGCACACCGACCCCGUAACCCAGAAAACCUUUGAAGAUGAACUCUCUGAUGUAACCCUCUCACAACUGCUCCCUGUGCUCAAUCGAAUGCAGAAAGAAGGACAAGUAGAAGUUAUGGUAAAUCCGGACAGGACUCUCUCUUGGAGACUGCGAGAAAUCGACAACAUGGACAAACUGAAGUCUCUGACAGACAUUGAAGAGUGUCUGGUGUACAACUGCAUUCGAAAGAACGGCAACGAGGGAGCUGCACUGAAAGUGAUUUCUCAAGACACAAAGUUGCCGCAAAACCGGUUGCCGCGCAUUCUGAAAGCUCUGGUUGGCAAGAAGUUAAUAAAAGAACUACCGGUCUUGUCCGGAAACAAGCAAAAAAUAUACCUUUUGGCGGAACUUGAACCUAGUCGUGCGUUGGCUGCAAAUACCCUGUUUGCUGGCGAUACUGGUGUAGAUGGAGAAUUUGUUGCAAUGUUGCGAACAGCCUGCCUGAAGUACAUUCAGGACAAGGCAGAUGCAGCAUCUCACGUUCUCGAUCCCUUAAUUAGCAGAAAUUCAUCCUUCGCCUCCGUGGAAGAGGUUCAUCGUUUCAUCACAAACGCAAAGCUCUGUACGGUGAGUGGUGCUGUUAUCGCCGUGGUCCCUUUAACCAUUGACGUCAUUUUAAAACACAACUGCUUUAAAUACUACAAUAUCCAGAGGGUCAUAAAGUACUACGAUUGA